AUGCAGGAGCCUGGGUUCAACACGGCGGAUGUAGCAAGGUUCGAUGCAGCACGCGAGGGACGGCGACUUGACACGUACGUUGAGGACACUGAGGGCUCGCCUCUGUCCGCGCGCGACGGCUGGAUCCAUGGCGCAGUCAACAUCAAACUCCCCAAGGAAGGCAUCCGCUAUGCGUCGGAGGCAGAUGCACCGACCUUUAAGGUCGAAGGGGUCUACUACCGCUCGCUGACCGCCGUCAUUCAGAACGCGUACCAACAGCCGUGCGUAAAGGACUGGGAUAUAAUUCCAUUCAAGUUGUACUGGAUUCCUCCUGGCGACUCAUCUGACUCUCGCUCCGAUUCUGUUGCAUCACGGAGCCCGUCCCCGUUCCCUCUGGCAGCACUGGCAUCUCAGUCAUCAUCCUCCGCCUCCACCUCUGCUGCCUCUUCUGCCUCCUCCUCCUCCUCCUCCGGGUCCUCCAGUGGUCGAGCAAGCUCCCCGCCUGGCAUCCGCGUACGCAGCGAGACCUACAACUCAGACGCUAUGCUCGCCGAUGACGCGGAGAUGCGUUUGCGUCCACGCGAGGCAGGAGACCCGGACGAUCUUGAGUAUGGCAUUGCACCGCUGUCUAUAUUCACAGACUCUGCGCAUCUUGCAAACUUUGGCACUGCAUCAUUGUGGCCCGGAUACGGCUACUGCGGUUCGCAAAGCAAGUACACGCGCGGCAUGCCCACGGCAUUUGCCGCGCACCAUCUCUUGUACAUACCAUCGCUGCCCACUGUGAUUCAAGACAUCUACAUCGAGAUCUACGGUGUACCUGCGACGGCCGAAAUCCUCACGUUCCUCAAGCGCGAACUAAUGCAAGAGAUCUGGCUUCUUCUUCUGGAUGAUGCCUUCAUGUUUAUCUACGUGCAUGGGCUGGUACUUCUGUGUGGUGAUGAGAUCCGGCGCCGCCUGUUCGUACGCUUCAAUAUCCAUGCAGCGGACUACCCCGAGAAGAUUCUUCAGGCGUGUCUCAAGUACUUUGCGAAGUGCCCGUGUCCCCGCUGCAAGAUCAACAAAGACAAGAUCAUCGAAAUGGGCACCCGCAAUGAUUUGUAUCGACGCAACCAUGUCCGCAUCGACAACGACGACCUUCACUACCGCAUCAACCUUACGCGUCGUUGGAUGUUUGAGGAGGGAGUGUCGCUCAAAAGCGUGUACAUGAAGCGCGUGCUCGAUCCGCUCUCACUGACCCCGACUCGCAACACCUUCUCUAUCCGACUGCGGGAACAUGGAUUCAAUUUCUAUUCACUCUACGUGCCCGAUCUCAUGCACGAGAUCGAGCUCGGUGUCUGGAAGUCCAUCUUCUCCCACCUACUUCGUAUUCUGUAUGCCGCAGGUGGCGACGCUAUUCAGGAACUCAACCGACGCUUUCGCCAAAUCCCUACCUUCGGGCGCAUUCGCCGCUUCUCUGACAACAUUGCAGAUCAGCGCAAGCUCGCUGCGCGUGACUACGAGAACAGCUUGCGUACCUCAAUGGCUCCCGUGGAGGCCCUUCUGGAGCCGGAGGACGACAAGAUCGUGCUCGACCUCAUUUACGACCUCAACUAUUGGCACUGUACCGGGAAACUCAGGGUGAUCACUAACCCUCAAAUCGGGACCCUCGAAACCCGUGCGAUCAUGGUGGGCCAGGACGUGCGCAUUUUCGGCAAGGUCACCUGCGCAAAGUACGUCACUAUUGACUUGCCUAAGGAGGCUGCGGCACGCGGACGACGAAAGGCGGCGCUGUCCCAAAAGACCGGCAAGGUCGCUGCUGGGAAGCAGGUUGAAGCUCGCCGUCGCCGUCCUUUCAACAUGAAUACCUACAAGUUCCAUGCCCUCCGUGACUACCCAGCCAACAUCCGCCUCCACGCUACUACCGACAUCUGGUCUACGCAGACUGGCGAACUUGAGCACCGGCAUGUCAAGCGGUUCUACGCACGCACGAACAAGCACAAGCAUGAGUAUCAGAUUGCGCAGCAUACAAGACGUGCGGAGAAGAUGCGUAUCAUCAAAGUGCGCGCUGAGGGCGAGGCCGAAGAACUGCCGCAAGCCGGGCCCGCAGCAGGUGAGGGUGGAACUGCGCGUGGACAAGCGGCUGCGAGCGGUGACAACACCGAUGGGAUGGCAUUCGCAAGCCCGUGGGAUCGCUAUCACAUUGCGAAGUCCCAGCGCGACAGUCAUGACAUGACCGCGUGGGUUUGUGAGCAUGAGGGUGAUCCGGCUUUCAAGGACUUCAUUCCGCGCCUGAGAGCGCACCUCCUCUCACGCCUGGACCCCCACGUAGACGACCCUAACCACACGGUGCCCGCAUUGUACAUCGCAGGGAACCGGAUCUAUCAUCACCGUGUCUUCCGUGUGAACUACACGACGUACGACGUCCGCCGCGCUCAAGACUCGGUCAACCCACGCACACAUCCCCACAUCAUGCUCCUGUCACCGCCGAGCGAUGAAUCCGACUCCGAAUCAUGCGCGGGGGGCUCUACCGCAGCGGACGAACAUCCGUAUCUUUACGCUCGCGUCAUCGACGUCCUCCACGUCAACGUGUAUCCUCUGGGCUCCCCUUCAAGCCCUCCCCAGCGCGUGGAUGUGCUAUGGGUGCGAUGGCUCGCGUUGGACCCCUCUGCGCCGGGCGGGCCUGCUACGAAACGCUAUCCUCGCGUCGAGUUUGUGAGGGAUGGUGCCAGUGGAGACCCCGCAUUCGGCUUUGUGGAUCCAGCAGAUGUACUCCGCGGUGCACACCUGAUGCCAGUGUUCGCACAGAAGCGCACCAAAGACCUUCUGGGACCCUCGCCAGCUGCACGUGUUGGCCAAGAAUACUCUGACCUGCGAGCAGACGACGAGGACACUGACUUCCGAUAUUACUAUGUGAAUAUCUUUGCGGACCGCGACAUCUUCCUCCGCUACCAUGGCGGAGGCAUAGGCCACGUUUCCCUCGGCAGACAUCAUCGCGGCUACACAGCGGACGACUCCGCGGCACAUGACGACACCGCAGUCCUUCAAGAGGAGCCCGCUGACGAGGCCGAGCACACUGGCACCGUGGAUGUUGCUGACGGCGCCGGUCCCGCAGAAGUGUCCAACGAGGCCGACCUACUCGCGAUGCUUCCAGACCUCGGCGCCGGCAUCGGUGCCCUUCGAUUUCCGACUGAGGACGAGGCACCAGGGAGCGAAGACGGGGACGACGAGCGAGAUGAAAACGACCCGGACCCAGACAACGACCUCUCGGAUGAAGACGACGACCCGUACUCAGAUGAGGAUGACGCACUCGAUGGGGAUCUCGCAGAGGAUGGCCUGGCCGAUGGCUUCGCGGGGGACGAGUUCGACGGAGAAGGUUUCGCGCCGCUGUGA